CUUAAUCGAAUAGAUAGGCCAACCUGUCAUAUCCAGUCGAAAGCUAGUAAUUACAUCGGUCUCACGCCGAGUGAAACAAUCAAUCGUUGCUUUGCCAAGCCAUCCCGGCGCCGUAGCGGACGCUCUUUGUCAAAAGCAAAGGGUAGCAGCUGUGAAACUGAUAAGACAGAUUCCUGCCGAAUGACGUUUAAGGAAUCGCUUCAGACCGUGUCCAGUGGUGGUCGUGAGGACGACCUGGCUUUGCUUGAAGCAAUAGGGUCAGUAGAGAAGAUCAGGCCGAGCCUUGCUGUUGCUCGGAAAGCCGGAUACAAAAUCACUCAUCCGUGCAAAAAGACGUCUUCCGAGUAA